CAGUAUAUAAGUUAGAGAGAAGUGACGAUCGGUUCCGACAAAUGGACACGUUUUCAAUAAACGCAGAAAAGGCCAACACUUUAGUCGACCAGUUUUUGGUCAAUUUUAAGGACAUGUUUGGCCCGCAAAUAGACCCGACGACUAUCGCACAGUUUGGACAGUUUAAGCUCAGAAAUAUGGGUAACGCCAGAAUAUACGACCUGACACUACAGGGUGUGUCAAACAUCCAGCGCGUGGGUCAGAUCGAAGUGCACGCCAAUGGGCAGAUGAAAUUAUGGUCAAUUAGUGCCAACCUGUCCAUAGCCAACAUCACAGCCUCGUUCAAAGUGGACGCACUCGUACGCAAAGGGCUAUACAUUACCGGUUGGACACUACAGGCGCUGAUAGACCGGUGCUUAAUGAGGGUUAAGCUAGACUAUGAUCAGACGAGUAAAAUGAUGACAAUACACGAGUUGAUUGCGGACAGUAUAGUAGGUUUUACGCUGAAUACCGAUAAUUUAUCAUGGCCAUUUUCCGAUGUGGUGGCCCAAAUUGUUGACCGCCAAAUGGAUCAGCUUAAGCGAGUGAUCAGUUUGAGUGCCCAGAAAUAUUUCACCGAGACGUUAAAGUCGUUUAAUGUGUCGGCCCUUAUCGAGCGAAUGCCCGAUAAGAAAAUGUUUUAA